AUGAAGUUUGAUGUGCAAAAGUAUCUUGAGACUUCAACAAUUCAUGGACUUGUCUAUAUAUCCAAGAAGUUUCAUGCCAUUGAGAGAAUUUUCUGGAUAAUUGUGCUGCUUUGUUCGACAAUCUAUACUUCGGACUUGAUUAUUGAGUUUGUAGUAAAAAUAAUAAAAUCUCCAAUUGUUUCGUAUUUGUCUGAUCAAUCAAUUGGUGUGUCUGAAAUUAAUUUUCCAGCAGUUACAGUUUGCCCACAAUUAUCAUUUAGUAUCCCGCGUGGGCCUUAUUCUAAACAAAGUAAGCCUUACUAUUACGAAAAGCAUACUUUAAAAAAAUCAUAUUAUGAAUUUGAGGAAGAGCAACAAGAGUUUGUGGAUGAACGGAAACUAAGCAGCUAUGAUUAUGGAAAAUUCCUAGACAAACUUGAAAACGGAAGCAUCAAACCUGAAGAUUUAGGAAUUAGACUCCUUAAACGUCUUCAAGUCAUCGACAUUUUAGAGAAUCGUGAGGUUUUCCUCAAACUAAACUUUUCAGUUCCAGCUCACGACUUUCUUGAAAUAUCAAAUGAGUUUCUUAAAGGCUCUCUUUCAUUUGUAUUUUAUUGGAUUGAUGAGAAAAGACAAUAUGUAACGGAAAUAGUCACUCAAUGGGGCUUGUGCUUCACAUACAAUAUUGGAUUCAGUCAUGAUGUCCUGCACAUCAACUCAACUUCUGACGACUUUCACUUUCAAGCUUCAUCCAAAGAAGACAUAAUGCCGUCAUAUCAAAGUACAUAUCUAUACGAGACUCCACCAAAGGACCUUCCACAAACAAUCUCAACAUCAAAAGCUGGAUUAUGGGUUGGAAUUAGUCUUGCGUAUGCUGACAAAGAUAGAAUUGCAAAAAAUACAUUUAAGGCAUAUACAGUACUCUUGCAUGAUCCAUUCGAGUUACCUUCAGCAAAUUCUAAGAUUAUACAACUGAAUGUUAAGUACCAAACUACUAUUCAAGUUAAUCCGCAACAAAAUUCCAUUGAUGAGUCAUUGAUGGACUAUGAACCUGUUGAACGCAACUGCUUCAUGGAAAACGAGAAAGUCCUGAAAUUCUUCAAAGUCUACACGAAAAACAAUUGCGAGAAUGAAUGCCUGACUGAUUUCAUGCUCAGUCGUUGUGGCUGCGUUGAAUUCUUCAUGAUUCGAAAUUCUUCAACUCGAAUUUGUUCGGCAAAUGAGCAAAGUUGCUACAAGAAAGCUGCAGAAGACUUUGAGGAACAGAAAAGCUUCUGUGAAUGUUUUCAGCCAUGCGAAUAUAUCAAUUAUAAAUUUGAGAAGCAGGAAUAUGGAUUUACGCAUUUAGAAGCCUUACUUCCACACUUAACCAUCGGAUUUCGGCUUCAAUAUAAAGAAGAUGUGUUUCCUAGACUCAUCCGCAAGACUCAAUUUACAAUUGUUGAUUUUUUGGCUUUUGUAGGUGGAAUUUUGGGACUUUUUGCUGGAAUUUCAAUACUUUCAUUUGUCGAGCUUAUUUACUGGUUUACAGUUCGAGUGAUAAUUUUAAAUGUCAAGAGAAUAGAUACAAAAGUUUAUUCGAUGUCCAGAGUUCGUGAAAGAGUUCAAGGAUUGACAAAGAUUAAGAAAUUUACGCAGUCAUACUUAAGACAGUCAUCGAUUCAUGGACUUGGAUAUAUUUCUGAAUUUUCUUGGAUCAUCAAUAUACUGUGGACUUUCUUCGUUCUUAUAUCGAUGACAUGUUGCAUCCACUUGAUUCUAAGAUCCCAUCAAAGUGUCCCAGACAGUAGAGUUAUUGCAUAUGACGACAACUUCAAGAUAAUUGAAUCUAUUCCAUUUCCAGCAUUCACAAUAGUUCCACAAUUUUCUAUAACUAAUAAAUUGGCUAAUGCUGCAUUUAAGGCAAGCUGGGAUGGACCAAAAAUUAUGAGAAAAAUGAAUCAAGAAACAUUUUUAAAAUUAAAAAAAGACCUGACACAAUACAAUUUUUGUGAGGAAUCGUUCAACAUAUACAGCUUAAGGUUUAACUUUAGCUUUAUUCCACAUCUCAUCACUGUAUUAAAAGAGCAGUCAAAUGUGGGCUGGUUCCAGGACCAAUUUUCAUCAUUCAAUGGCAAAUAUCAGCCAGAUUUUGCCGAAAUUCGAACAUCUAGAGGCAUGGGAUUCACAUUUAACAUGAUUGAUGCUGAUGAGAUGUUCAAUUUUGAUCACUCAGACUUCAACUACACCAGAAACAUCACAACAAGAUCAGAAAACUCAACUCAAAUCUUAAAGUCCUUCAAUUAUCCACUAAAAUUCAACAGAGGAGAUGAAAUACAAUUUUCAAUCAUAAUAACAAAGCCUCCAAAAAUUCUUUUAAACUGCAUCAAACAAUCGUUUAUAAUUCACAGUUCUGAUGACUUGCCAACAUUUUAUGUUCGAAUGGAUUUCAUGGGAUUUGAAUAUGGAACAAAAUUCGAUGUCAUUGUAACUCCUGAAAUCAUCAGAACUGAAGAAUACCUGAGAAGCUUAAAGCCAUCUGUACGAGGAUGUUAUUUUGAUAAAGAAAAAUCACUGAAAUUUUUCAAAAAAUAUUCACAAAGGAACUGUGAUGUUGAGUGCCUGGCAAACAUAACAAUGAACAGAUGUGGAUGCAUUGACAUUAAUCAGCCAUUCAGCAAUCAAAAUGAAAUGUGCUUAAACAUAUCAAGAUCACAGCCGACAUGUUUAAGCAUUCUUAAACGAGAUCUUUACACAUUUUUUGACUUUUCACCAGAACAGAAUUGCUCAUGCCUGCCAUUGUGCAACUCAAUCAGCUACAACAUCAAAUAUUAUACAAAGCAUGAGUCAGGUGGGAAUGAGACAACAAUAAAUGUGAGAAUGAACAUGGACGACAUCGUUUUGUUCCGAAGAUAUCAGCAAUUUACAUUCUCGGAUGUUGUUUCUUAUGUCGGUGGACUUUUGGGACUUUUUGCUGGCAUUUCAAUGCUUUCAAUUGUUGAAUUUUUCUACUUUUUUACUAUUCGACUCGGGGUUAAUUUAUGGAGGGUGUUGAGGGGUGGUUAG